AUGGCCCCCCGCUGCUUCAUCAUCCGCCACGGCGAAACCGAGUGGUCCCUCAACGGCCGGCACACAGGCAGCACCGACCUGCCACUGACUUCCAACGGGGAGAAGCGCAUCAAAGCGACUGGUAAAGCCUUAGUAGGGAAUGACCGGUUGAUUGCGCCGAAGAAGCUGGUUCAUGUAUACGUCUCCCCUCGCCACCGCGCGCAACGCACCCUCGAACUCCUCGAAAUCGGCUGUCGCGAGCGUCUCCCCUGGACAGAAGCGCGCAAGUCCGAGAACGAGGAGCCCAUCCGCACGGAAGCCAAAGUCGAGGUCACCGAGGCGAUCCGCGAGUGGGACUACGGCGAGUAUGAGGGCUUGACGAGCCCGCAGAUUCGCGAACAGCGCGCUAGGGAGGGGAAGGGGGAGAAGUGGGAUAUUUGGAAGGAUGGGUGUCCUGGGGGGGAAUCCCCCAAAGACGUCAUAACCCGCCUGGACGCCCUCAUCGCCGAAAUCAGAACCAAACACCACGGGCCCUGUCUCGACGGGUCCACCGAAAAGGGCGACGUGCUUCUCGUCGCGCACGGGCAUAUUCUCCGCGCGUUUGCGAUGCGCUGGACAGGGAAGUCGCUGGAGGAGACGGCUUUGAUUCUGGAGGCUGGUGGUGUAGGGACUCUUAGUUACGAACACCGUAACAUCGACGAACCGGCCGUGAUUCUCGGAGGAGGAUUCGUGGUGGAUACUUAG